GUCCGCCCCCUUCGGGACCCCACGCUGCCGGAAGCGGAAAUAGCGCCCGGCGUCUCCAGAGUAGCUGUAACUGCCGCCGCGAUGCCGAAGGGACCCAAGCAGCAGCCGCCGGAACCCGAGUGGAUCGGGGACGGAGAGAGUACGAGUCCCACAGACAAAGUGGUAAAGAAGGGGAAGAAGGACAAAAAGACCAAAAAGACGUUCUUUGAGGAGCUUGCCGUAGAAGAUAAACAGGCGGGGGAAGAAGAGAAGGUGCUCAAGGAGAAGGAGCAACAACAGGUUCAGCAGCAAAAAAAGAAACGAGACACCCGAAAAGGUCGGCGGAAGAAGGAUGUGGAGGAUGAUGGAGAAGAGAAAGAGCUCAUGGAGCGUCUUAAGAAGCUCUCCGUGCCGGCCAGCGAUGAGGAGGAUGAGGUCCCUGCCCCCAUACCCCGAGGAGGGAAGAAAACUAAGGCUGGUAAUGUUUUUGCGGCCCUGAUUCAAGAUCAGAGUGAGGAUGAGGAGGAAGAAGAAAAACACCCUCCUAAGCCUGCCAAGCUGGAGAAGAAUCGGAUCAAUAAGGCUGUAUCUGAGGAACAACAGCCUGGGCUGAAGGGCAGAAAGGGAAAGGAAGAGAAGUCAAAGGGGAAGGCCAAGCCUCACAAUAAAUUUGCUGCUCUGGACAAUGAGGAGGAGCAGGAUGAAGAAGAAGAAAUAACAAAAGAAAAGGAGCCAUCCAGACAAGGGAAGGAGAAGGCCAAGAAGGCAGAGCAAGGUUCGGAGGAGGAAGAGGAAGAAGAAGGGGAGUCUAAGGCUGAUGACCCUUACGCUCACCUUAGCAAAAAGGAGAAGAAAAAGCUAAAGAAACAGAUGGAGUAUGAGCGCCAGGUGGCUUCAUUAAAAGCAGCCAAUGCUGCUGAAAAUGAUUUCUCCGUGUCCCAAGCAGAGAUGUCCUCCCGCCAAGCCAUGUUAGAAAAUGCAUCUGACAUUAAGCUGGAGAAGUUCAGCAUCUCAGCCCACGGCAAGGAGCUGUUUGUCAACGCAGACCUGUACAUUGUAGCUGGCCGCCGCUACGGGCUAGUGGGACCCAAUGGCAAGGGCAAGACCACUCUUCUCAAGCACAUCGCCAACCGGGCCUUGAGCAUCCCUCCGAACAUUGACGUGCUGCUGUGUGAGCAGGAGGUGGUAGCGGAUGAGACGCCAGCCGUGCAGGCUGUUCUUCGAGCCGACACCAAGCGAUUGAAGCUGCUGGAAGAGGAGCAACGGCUUCAGGGGCAGCUGGAGCAGGGAGACGACACAGCUGCUGAGAGGCUAGAGAAGGUGUAUGAGGAAUUGCGGGCGACCGGAGCAGCAGCUGCAGAGGCCAAAGCCCGGCGGAUCCUGGCUGGUCUGGGCUUCGACCCUGAAAUGCAGAAUCGGCCCACACAGAAGUUCUCAGGGGGCUGGCGCAUGCGUGUCUCUCUGGCUAGGGCGCUGUUCAUGGAGCCUACGCUGCUGAUGCUGGAUGAGCCCACUAACCACCUGGACCUCAAUGCUGUCAUCUGGCUCAAUAACUACCUCCAGGGCUGGCGGAAGACAUUGCUCAUCGUCUCCCAUGACCAGGGCUUCCUGGAUGAUGUCUGCACCGAUAUUAUCCAUCUCGAUGCCCAGCGGCUCCAUUACUAUCGGGGCAAUUACAUGACCUUCAAGAAGAUGUAUCAGCAGAAGCAGAAAGAACUGCUGAAGCAGUAUGAGAAGCAGGAGAAAAAGCUGAAGGAGCUGAAGGCAGGUGGCAAGUCCACCAAGCAGGCGGAAAAGCAAACCAAGGAAGCCCUGACUCGAAAGCAGCAGAAAUGCAGGAGGAAAAACCAGGAUGAGGAGUCACAGGAGGCUCCCGAGCUCCUGAAGCGCCCCAAGGAGUACACCGUGCGCUUCACUUUCCCUGACCCCCCGCCACUCAGCCCUCCUGUGCUGGGUCUGCACGGUGUGACGUUUGGUUAUGAGGGGCAGAAACCACUCUUCAAGAAUCUGGAUUUUGGCAUUGACAUGGACUCAAGGAUCUGCAUCGUGGGCCCUAAUGGCGUGGGGAAAAGCACCCUGCUCCUGCUGCUGACGGGCAGGCUGACACCGACUCGUGGAGAAAUGCGAAAGAACCACCGGCUGAAAAUUGGCUUCUUCAAUCAGCAGUACGCAGAGCAGCUGCACAUGGAGGAGACGCCCACCGAGUACCUGCAGCGGGGUUUCAACCUGCCCUACCAGGAUGCCCGCAAGUGCCUGGGCCGCUUUGGCCUCGAGAGUCACGCCCACACCAUCCAGAUCUGCAAACUCUCUGGUGGGCAAAAAGCCCGAGUUGUGUUUGCUGAGCUGGCUUGUCGGGAGCCUGAUGUCCUCAUCUUGGACGAACCCACCAAUAACUUGGACAUCGAGUCUAUUGACGCUCUCGGGGAAGCCAUCAAUGAAUACAAGGGCGCUGUGAUUGUCGUCAGCCACGAUGCCCGACUCAUCACAGAAACCAACUGCCAGCUGUGGGUGGUCGAGGAGCAGAGUGUUAGCCAGAUCGACGGCGACUUCGAGGACUAUAAACGGGAAGUGUUGGAGGCCCUGGGUGAAGUCAUGGUCAACAGACCACGAGAGUGAGUUUUCCUUCCUGGAAGUCUCCUGAAAGACAAGCUUGCGUGGCCUAGAAGUCCCCCGUCGUUUCCCUUUCUCCACUUGGACACCGUCCUCUGGUCUGCAGCUACUCAGGCGUGGGAACGCGGAACAUGGUCUUGACGUGACCAGGGUACCACUUCGAUUGGUUCCUUCUCUCGGAAAGACCAGUCUGUUUCAGUGUUCUUCAGAUAACGAAGCUGGCCUUAUCCUUGACGUCCCUUCGUAUACACAGAGGUGACCUUAUUGUGAGCUCCAUCCAGCCAGGCUCACGUGCGUGGCCAGUUGCCUUGAGACUCUUUUCUCAUUAAGAGUCCUGUCUCUGGUCCACCUGAAAGCUUCAGGCCCAGCUGGCCUCCUGGUCUUUGAGGGGUGCUCCUUGUUUCUGGCGGAUUUCACGUUGACUUACCGAUACAACAGCUGUUGCAGCUCAGUGCUGGAGGCGAGUUCUGAGGCCUUCGCUAGUCCCCAGCCCGGGGUUUGGUGCCUGCAGUCACUUGUCUAGUUGGGGACUUGGGAGCAGGAAAGAAUUGCCACUCAACUUGAAUCUGCCUUUACAGGGGGAGGAAAUAAAGGAAAGGAAUUGUUGCUGCCCUAUCACUGUUUGCAGAUUCGUGGGAGUUGGGACUGUUCUCCGUUUUUAUUUGCUUUUUUCCAUUUGCUAGCAGCAUUCUGUGUCCACUCUUCCCCGUGGAUACCGAUGGCUCUAACUUGCAGUCUUAAUGCAUUUUAGAUGGUACGUGCUGUUUGAGGGGCCUCCCUCCCUUCCUCCAGCCCUUCAGACAGGAAGGAAGAGGUUCAUCCCUCCCACGUGUGACUCUUGGGCCUCUCACUGUCCAAGCUCUGCCCUGUGGCAGAUUACGGAUCCUCUCAAAAGUUCCUAACUCAGCCGUCGUGUACAUCACUGUGGGGUAUACAAAAAGGAAAAGACAAGGUCUACCUCCAUCAAUAGUCUAGCCACAGAAGACUUAGAAAAUGAGACUUGAGCGUAAAGGUGAUUUGGGUAAUUGCCAGAUGUGUGGUACUCUAGAUUCUAUCAGUUGCCAUAUGCUCAUAGAGGGAAGGAUUAUCCAGAACUUGAUGAUUUGACAGGAUCACUUGAGGGUGGGCCCUUUAAAAAAGAAGAAUUUGAAUAAUGAGAGAACAGGGAGCCAUUUUUGGAAUCCAGGAAAAGAGCAGACCGAAGGCCUGGAAAGAAGAAAAAACUAUUUUGGGAGUUAAUGAGAAAGCAUGGCUGGUGUGGCCAUUUUUUUUACUAGUGUUAGAUUGGAGAGGUAGAUUUGGAAAGUAACCAGUGGUGAGUGGUUGGUGAGUUUAGGUGGUGGUGUGACGACUAUAGAAGCAUGUGGAGUGGGAGCCUGUAACUUGUUGCCAGUGAGGUAACUAAAUGCUUAAGGAGGGCAUGGGAGGGGUGGGAUGGGAAGGAAAGGACAGGAGAGAGGUGUGGGAGUUGGGGGGAGAAUUCUAGAAGAGGAUGAUCUGAUGUGUCCAGUUCCAGAGGGAAUAUGAGGAGCUGUUUGAUUAAGACUGAGUGUGGACAUCUGUUUUUGGGAAACUAUUUUUUGACCAAGUGAAUAAAUAAUAGUGGGCCCGAAGUACAGAUUUUGUACUGGAAGUGCAGCUUUGGUGUGGUGAUAAUGUUGUUAGGAAACAUCUCCGAGAGGAACCAUCCCUCUUACGGAAUUUGAGGGGGAAAAAAUCAGGGUCUUGGUCCAUGCACCUGAGUAAGAUGUUUCAUGUCAAAUUUCCACAAUUCUGUGAAAUAAAUCUGUCACAGAACAGUGGGAGCCAGGGUUCAAGUCCACUUACUAAUGGCGUGAUGUUGGACAAGAUACUUCACCUCUUGGUACCUGUCUCCUCAUCAAAUGAAGAUGAUAAAAAAUACCUACCUCAUAGGGUUAUUAAAGGAAUAGAUAUGUAA